AUGUCAGAAUAUCCACACAAGGUCGCGCUCCUAGGCCUAGGAACAAUCGGCCUCUCAAUGCUGGCCAUGCAUCUACGCCGCCCCGACACAAGUAUAACUGUCUACGACCCCCGCCCUGAUACAGAGGCCCAAAUCCGAAGCAAUCUCCCCUCCCUCCUCGAGUCUCGAGAAUCAUCUCCAUCAAACUCAGGACUAGACACAGAUAUAGUCGAUGAUCUUUUCAGAUCGUCCCGCCUGAAACUGGCACGCACGCUCCAAGAAGCACUGACGAAUGCAACGAUUAUUCAGGAACAAAGUCCCGAAAUCACCAGUUCCAAGCAGGCACUCUGGAAAGAGGUGGGAUCUAUUGCUACGCGGGAUGCCCAUCUUUGGAGUAGUUCUUCUGGUAUUGCUGCCUCGGCGCAAAAUUCUACUUGUGAACCUGCAGAUGGGGUUGGGGAGAGGCUACUCGUGGCACAUCCGUUUAAUCCACCACAUAUCAUGCCCCUGGUGGAGGUUGUGCCUGGGCCGGAGACUGCGGGGGAAAGGAUUGAAUUUGUGAAAUGGUAUUUUAGGGGCAUUCCUGGUCCUGGUUUUAGUUCUGGCUCUGCGGAUGCUCAGGCUGGGACGCAUUAUCGGCCUGUUACAUUGCACAAGGAGGUUCCUGGGUUUGUGGGCAAUCGCCUUGCUUUUGCUUUGCUCCGGGAGGCUUGUUCGCUGGUUGGGGAGGGGGUAGUUUCGGCCAGGGAUCUUGACGCUAUUGUGAUGGCUAGUGUUGGGCCUCGGUGGGCUGGGAGUGUUAUCAUGCGGGUGGAGGGGGAGGGAGGAAUUGGGGCGUUCUUGCAGAAGCUCGAGCCGACAAUUCAGGAUGUGUGGGAGGAUUUGGCAAAAAUUGACAUCCACGGUGAUCAGGCGUGGAGAGAUAGGGUUGUCCAACAGACCGAGGAGGCAUACGGGCCUUUGACUGCGGAGUCGCGCAAGACGAAAGAACAGACGCUGAAAGGGGUGCUUGAAGUGCAGAAAAGACAGGGAGCAUCAUGA